GCGGCACGCCGCACGUUGAUUCUGAACAAAUAUCUCAAGCCCUGAAUCAAUUGGUAUGUUCGCCAUGCGCCAUGGAACAAUGGAUCUACAGUCGUUUCCAAAAACAUUGCCUAUUCCGUACUCCGAGGCUUCGAAUGACAACUGGGACGUGAUGACAUGGAAACGUUGGCCAUUGUUCGUACCAACUGGAAUUUGCGCGGGCAGCUUUAAAAGCUCACACUUGGUCUUCAUAUGUGGUUACACGACCUCAUGUCUUUCCUCACCGACUUGUGCUUGGAACUGCAGCAGAGCAUCCUCGAACAUCUCUCGGAUAGUCCCGAGGCACUCUCCAGCAUGGCCUUGUCCUGCCAGUCAUUGCACGAACCAGCUACUCGUAUUCUGUGGCGACGAGUGGAGGGAUUCCAACAAAUCGCCUCGUUGUUUCCGGAGGACAAUCCUCUAAGGAUCAGCCCAUUCUCCCUGUCGGAGUACCAGAACUCUCGCGAUUUCACCGACGACGAGUUGGGGAGGAUCUCUCACUACUGCAAUCUCGUCAGACAUGUCGAACGCGUCUACACGGAGGACCUGUGUCUGAUGCUGGAGAAGCUUCCCUCCGACAGGUUCCCUUAUCUGUUCCCAAACCUGCGGUCGAUCGAAUGCCAACAUUUGUGGACUCGUGGAUCCGAUCGUAUCCUCAGCCCGAGCGUUGUGCGGAACUGUUUCACGACGCGCGGAUACCACACGUGGUCAAUUGAUCCCUUCAUGAUCCCGAUCGCCAUUGAAGAAGAGUCCUACCCGGUGCUCACGCAUCUCGAGUUCCAGUUAUUCAACCGGGCCUUCCGCGGAGAGUUCGCGCUGAUCACCCGCUGCCCCAACUUGCAGUAUCUGGAGGUGUUUUCGGCUGACGGACCCAUAAUGAACCAUCUCUCUCAGCUACCCAAUCUGCGCGUGCUGCGCUUCCUGUCUCUGGAGGAGAUGUCGCCCACCUUUGACGCGGUGGCUCCCUUCCCUUCCCUUGUCGAGCUGUUUUUGGGCGAGACCACAGCGCAGAGAGCGACGAGCUUCUUCCGUGCUGUGUCGUCGAGCUCUCUGACCACCAUCCAAGUCGAAUUGAAAGAUGGAAGGAUCUCUUCGGUUUCUCUGGACGCGAUGGUUCAGUCGCUGGUCAACCACCAUUCGAAGAACACCCUGUCCGACCUCGACUUUUUCACGGAGUUUUAUAGGAUGGAAUGUUCUGUCGGAUUGUCUACGAUCCUUCCUUUUCUCCAGCUGCCGAACAUACGAUCGUUCCGUUGGAACAUCCCAUUCGAGGACCACGACGACCGAAUGUGGCCUCGCUGGAUGAAGAUCGAAACUUUUCCUCCCUAUCCUUCGUCCAAUAGCACCAAACCAUACAUAUUAUACAAUCCUCGGCUGUGA